AACUCUUCAUAUCUUUUAGAGAGGAGAGGGAGAGAGAGAGAGAGAAAAUGAUGAAGAAUCAAAGUAAAGCGUUGGUCAUCUUCUUCACUUUAGUUCUGCUUCUAAGCAUGGCUUCAAGUGUUAUUCUAGGGGCAGAUGGUCAUGCUCCUCCUAAACUGUCUCCCUCCUCUUCCACUCAAGAGAAAGAAAGAAAUAAAGAAGGUGAUGGAGAUGGAGUAGAUCAGUGCAAGAGUUCGGACAGUAAAGAAGAAUGUCUUGUUAAGAGAACCUUAGCUGCUCACACCGAUUACAUCUAUACACAAGACUUAAAGUCAUCUCCUUAAAACAAGAACAUAACUCUUUUCCUUUAAACAGUAGAAGCUAUGAUCAGAGUCUCCUUUACCAUGUGCUCACGACUUUAUGUUCUUUGUUAUUUUAUUCUAAUCUUCGUUUGAUUUCUGUGAAUGUUAACUUGUAUUUAUCCUGCAACAUCAACUUUAUUUAUUUGUCGUUAGACAAAACAUCAA